UUAUUCAGACACAUGAUUUACUGAGCGCGGGGAUGUGCGCACUGACAGAUUCUAUGCGUAAUUACUGUGAGACUUUAAGGAGGCGCGCGCUCGUGUUGCUUUUACGUCGAUGAGGUGUAAACGUAAAGCUUGUGUGCAUGAGUGAGACCUGGCGGCGCAGUCAAUAUAUCUCUCUGAAUAAAGAUAAACACAAGAUUAGGAGGAACUUGCAGAACUUUUUGCCCUACUAAAGUAGGACAAUGCCUGUUCGACGGGGACACGUUGCGCCUCAGAACACCUUCCUGGACACCAUCAUUCGCAAAUUCGACGGUCAAAAUCGCAAAUUCAUCAUCGCCAAUGCUCGAGUUGAAAACUGCGCCAUCAUCUUCUGCAAUAAUGGAUUUUGCGGCAUGUGCGGCUACACGCGUGCAGAGGUCAUGCAGAAGCCGUGUACCUGCAGCUUUCUGUAUGGACCGCAUACUGGACGACCUGCCAUGGCCCAGAUGGCCAAAGCCUUACUGGGCUCUGAAGAAAAAAAAGUGGAGAUCUCCCUAUACAGGAAAGAUGGUGUGUGUUUGCCGUGCUUUGUGGAUGUGGUUCCAGUUAAGAAUGAGGAUGGUUUAGUCAUCAUGUUCAUCCUGAACUUUGAGCUGGCAGAUCAACAGGACAGCUCCCUCAACAGCUCACCGGACAGAGACAUCAACCCAAAACACACCAUCCCAUGGCUCUCUAAAGCAAGAAGACACCGUCUGAGGUUGCCUCUGCCUUUGCUGCGUUCCCUGAGUGGCAGUAAACAGUCUCUGCAUGAAGAUGCUGAAAAAGGCUACGUGCAGCCGAUGCCCCAUAUGGGCCAUGAGUCAGUAGCCCUGGACAAACUGCUCUCCCUGCCUGAGCGUUCUGCAUUCGGAGGAUCUCAGCUGUUUAUGUGGGAAGAUAAGGCUCAAAAUGAGCCUGAAAGUGAGCCACAGCCAUCAGAAGUGUCCCCUCCCCUGCCUCAGGGCUUCUCUCAGUCCUCCCCUCGUCUGCACAACCUCACCUCAGAGGCAUCUCCGUCCAGCUGCAGCAUGGCACACAGCCACUCCUGCGAGAGCCUGUGUGGCAUGCGGCCCUCACCCUCCACCAAUGACUUCAACUGGGACAGGAAACUGCCCGUCAGACCCAGUAGCACAGGUGCCAUGCACCGUAAAGCUAGCUUGCACAACGCUACUUCCGACUCAGAUCUCAUUCGGCUCCGGACCUCAGUUCAGGGCCCCCGAAUAUCACACAACUUAAUGGAUAUGAAACCGGAUCCCUUAAUCGCUGUUCCACCUGGUGAGAUUGACAUCAUUGCCCCGGGCAAACUAAUAGACCGGACCCAUAAUGUGACCGAGAAAGUCACUCAGGUGCUGUCUCUAGGUGCAGAUGUCCUCCCUGAGUAUAAGCUCCAGGCUCCCCGAAUCCACAAAUGGACCAUUUUACACUACAGCCCCUUCAAGGCAGUCUGGGACUGGGUCAUCUUGCUGCUGGUCAUCUAUACGGCAAUCUUCACACCUUAUUCGGCUGCAUUCCUGCUCAGCGACGAGGAAGAGGCUGCCAUGCAGCGCUGUGGCUACUCUUGCAGUCCACUCAACGUGGUGGACCUCAUGGUGGAUAUCAUGUUCGUAGUGGACAUUGUGAUUAACUUUCGCACAACCUACGUGAAUAGCAACGAUGAAGUGGUCAGCCAGCCCGGCCGAAUAGCCAUCCACUAUUUUAAAGGCUGGUUCCUCAUUGACAUGGUGGCUGCCAUUCCUUUCGACUUGCUCAUUUAUCGCUCCGUAGAAGAUACAACGAUUCUGAUUGGCCUACUGAAGACUGCUCGACUGUUGCGAUUAGUGCGUGUGGCACGUAAACUCGAUCGCUACUCCGAGUAUGGAGCCGCGGUGCUCUUUCUUCUCAUGUGCACCUUUGCACUAAUUGCCCACUGGCUGGCCUGCAUCUGGUAUGCUAUUGGGAAUGUGGAAAGGAGCGGCCCGUCUCGGAUUGGUUGGCUUGAUUCUUUGGGGGAACAGCUUGGGAAGCCGUAUAAUAUCACAAAUCCUUCAUCAGGACCCUCUAUUAAAGAUAAAUAUGUCACUGCCCUGUACUUCACCUUCAGCAGCCUCACCGGUGUGGGCUUUGGAAAUGUCUCCCCAAACACCAACUCUGAGAAGAUCUUUACCAUCUGUGUCAUGCUCAUUGGAGCGCUGAUGUAUGCUAGCAUAUUUGGAAAUGUGUCAGCCAUCAUCCAGAGGCUGUACUCUGGCACCGCACGUUACCACACUCAGAUGCUACGGGUUCGGGAGUUCAUCCGUUUCCACCAGAUCCCCAACCCACUCAGGCAAAAACUGGAGGAGUAUUUUCAGCAUGCUUGGUCCUACACUAACGGCAUUGACAUGAAUGCUGUGCUGAAGGGGUUCCCAGAGUGCUUACAGGCAGACAUCUGUUUGCAUCUGAAUCGUACAUUGCUACAGAACUGUAAAGCUUUCAAGGGCUCCAGUAAAGGUUGCUUACGUGCUUUGGCUAUGAAGUUCAAGACUACACAUGCUCCACCAGGAGACACCUUGGUCCACGCUGGUGAUGUGAUUUCAGCGCUAUACUUCAUUUCUCGUGGCUCCAUUGAGAUCUUAAAGGGAGAUGUGGUAGUGGCCAUUUUAGGCAAGAACGAUAUAUUUGGAGAGCCCAUUAAUUUAUAUGCACGUCCUGGAAAGUCAAGGUCUGAUGUGAGAGCACUGACGUACUGUGACCUGCAUAAAAUCCACAGAGAUGAUAUAGUGGAGGUCUUGGACAUGUAUCCAGAGUUCUCAGACUACUUCUGGAGCAAUCUGGAGAUUACCUUUAACUUGAGAGAUACUAACACUAAAGCUGGGUCAAUGAGCAGUGACCCUGACGAUUCUGACCAUGGCUGUCUUGACCAUCACACACGAAGAGCAAAGCUUUUCUUCAAGCCCAAACGAAACUCUAUCCCACAAGUAGCAGAUACAGAGAAGACGGAAGAAAAACUCAAUAGGACGACUUUCAGAACACAGAAUUUAAGCAAGCAGCACGAGGACAGACAAACUGCUCAUCGGGACUCAGACAUUUUUGCCUCCAAGUCCAGCAGUGAUGAAGAGGAAGAGACUCUGCAGUCCACUGCAAUAGUAGACUGCUCUCAGAGCCAUUUCACUAGUAUCAGCAAUGCUAACAGUGACAUGAACCACAACAGCAGUAACUCUUUUAAUGCACUGUCAGGAGCUCUUUCGGGGGUUUCUAACAUCUUCAGCUUUUGGGGGGACAGUCGUGGCCAUCAGUACCAGGAAGUACCCAGCCACAGUAUGUCUUUACCCUCAUCUUCAGUGCCCUCCAAUACUGUCCUGCACAGUGUUACCCAUCGUCAUUGCACUGAGGUAGAGAAUAGACUGGAAAUGAUGCAGAGACAGCUCCACAGAUUGGAGAAGCGCAUGUCAACAGACAUGGGGGCCAUAAUGCACUUGCUUCAGAGGCAGAUGGUGUUGGUUCCACCGGCCUACAGCUCUGUGACGUCCCCUAUAGAAGCAUCUUCAAAUCCACCCAAACUAGGCAAGAAACUGGUCCAUCCUGUCAACCUUUUGGAGACGGAAACGCCAGCCAUUCUCUCUUGAGAUACUUGAUCCCCACGAAUUUGCUGACAGUCCCAUAAAGUCCAGUGAAAGUCUGUCAGGGGCAAUGGAGCUCCAGCUCU